UGUGGUGGUCUUCUCCCAGCGAUUUUGUGUCAGUACUACAGAAACGGGAACUUUAGAAAAGUGUCAGCAUCCCCCGUAGGUAACAGAAGUCGGUUUAUGAAGGGAGAUGCACGCACAACGUCGCCAGCCAGCUAGUCGGAGCAUGCGUACUACAUACAUCCCGUUUCCUGAAAGAUGUUUCCUUGGGGCGGCCUCGGUUGCUGCUUGAGCGCCGCCGCUCUCUAUCUCCUUGGCCGGCGUCGUGGCAGGGAUUCUGAGCUUCUCAAGUCGGUUACUCGAGUUAAUCAGCUUGAAGAAUUGGCUAGGAUACUAGACACUGAAAGUAAAGUGCAUCCUUUGAUUGUUACAAUUUCUGGAAGAGUUGGGUCUGAGACACCGAUCAAGUGCGAGCAGAGCGGCUUAAGAGCUGUUAUUGAAGAGGAAACGAUAGAACAACACUUUCUAAAACACAAUGAUUCUGGUUCUUGGAUACAAGAUUCUGCUUUGAUGUUGGCUAUGAAUAAAGAGGUUCCAUGGUACCUGGAUGAUGGGACUGGCCGUGUAUAUGUAGUGGGAGCCCGAGGUGGGGCAGGUUUUGAACUAACUGUUGCAAGUGAAGUCUUUCAGAAAUCAGGACAAUCACUUGUGUGUGGAGCAUUAGAUGAUCUCCAAGGUCUCAAGAUGCUUGGAGUCAAGCACAUUGAAAGGGUGCUUCCUGCUGGUACUUCUUUAACAGUUGUUGGUGAGGCUGUCAAGGAUGACAUUGGAAAAAUUCAGAUCCAGAAACCCCAUGAAGGGCCUUUCUACAUAUCUCCACAAACCAUUGAUGAACUCGUUUCCAACCUUGGCAAGUGGGCAAGGUGGUACAAGUGCGCAUCCGUUGGUUUGACUGUGUUUGGCGUAUUUCUAAUCACCAGUCGUAUCAUACAAUAUAUAAAGGAGCAAAGACGCAGAUCGGAAUUUCAGCAGAGGGUUCUUGCUGCUGUUGCUAAGAGGUUGGGCCAUGAUAAUGAAGGUACAAAUGGGAAUGCCAAAGUUGGAUCAGAAACUAAGAUAGAUCACCCAAUGCCAGAUCUCUGUGUUAUAUGUCUUGAGCUGAAGUGCAAUUCUGUUUUUGUUCAGUGCGGUCAUAUGUGCUGUUGUUUGUCAUGCUCCUUGCCCUUGACCAACUGUCCUCUUUGCCGGAAACAGAUUGAGCAGGUGGUGAAAGUCUACCCCCAUUGAAGUUUUGCUUAUGAGACUUUUAACUAGCAAAUUUCAUGAAUAAAUGUAAUUGCUUGGGAAUCAAGAUCUUGAUUCUUUUACAAAAAGCUACUAAGCUAGAUUUGAUAGCUCAAAGUUAAGACCCUCUUAAUUGUAAUCACUUAUUGUUCCGUAAAUUCCAUAAUAUCCAAUGUCUUGUUGUAAAUAUUUUGUUUCUUUUCAAACUGAUAAUCAGUUCAGCUCCCUGUAUUUUAAUGA